AAUUACAUGAUGACUUUGGCACGGCAACGAAGGAUGUGAUUGGUGCCCUAGAAGAUACCCAGGAAGCAAAGGGCACUCAGGAGAAGAAGAAGAGAGCUCUUGAGGAAGAAAGAAGAAAACUUGAAAUGCGAAUAAAGAUAGCGCAAGAGGUGCAGAAGAAUGAGCUUGAUGCUGAAGAAAAGGCAUUUGAUACAGGGUGGCUCAAGCAAAAGAAGACAAAGCGAUGGACAAACACGGCAACUUUCUCGCAAAAUUGGGAGAUGCUAUCACUGGUGUGGUAGGCGCUACUGCGUCUGGAGUGGCAUUGGACUUUCAUAAGGCGGCGGAAAAACUGAACAAGAUUGGAGACCAAUCAGGCUACGAAGACACUUUUAAGAUGGCAAACACAGAAAAAAUGAAACACCUGAAUGAAAAGCAGAAGCAACAAGAUUUGCCGUCAAGAGGGGAUACUUCAGAGUUUGGAAUUCACGGAGAAGAUAACUGCAAAGAUGAUGACGCUCUAGCAGAUGCCGCCAUCGAAGCCUUACACAGCUCCAUUGGUGCUCUCAAAUCUCUCUCAACCAUUAUGAUGAAUGCAGCUCUUUUCUGGCAAAAGAUGCAGAUGCACUGCGAGUCUUUAAGUAAAGGAGACGUGAACAAAUUUGUGAAAACAGCCAUGAAGAAACCAAAAGAGGAACGACACGAACUUUGGACUUCAACUGGAUUCAAAACAAAAGCCGUGCGGUACUAUUCCAAGUGGGUUGUACUGGAUGAUGUGUGCGAAGUGUAAAUGCUACAUAUCAAGAAAACCAGAAAGGAUCUUUACUCCUUCCUGACAGAAAAUCCAACCAUUGAGGAGGCAAAGAAGAAUGUGCGCAAGUUAGCUGAAACGUUUGCAGAUAAUUUGAAGAAAGCGCACGAGAAGUUGGCACAGGAGAACAAGAGGCAGCUAGAAAAGAAGAAAGCAUACGAGAACUCUAAGUAGAGGUGAUUUAAUAAGCGUCUUCACUCUUUAUUGCUCCUAUUACAUUAGCUGCUUAGUGAGCAUGGCGAUGCACAAUCGGAAAGAAAUAUUUCAUUGACUUUCUUACAGAAGCCUGCCGUACAACCAAAUUCAAAAUGACUAAAGCUUGUAUAUUGUAAAGGUAAAUCUACUAUCUUGAUCACUGAAAGAAGGAUAGUUGAAUUAGAAAAAUGAAAGGGGUAACUUGAUCAAUGAAUAACUCUACCUUGCUUAAGUUGACACGCCUGUAAGCCGGAAAGGAGAAGAACACCGAUGGUAUUCAUAGGGCUUGUGCGACUCCUGCCAUUCGCUAGCGCUCUAAUAUCUUUUUCCCUCACAGUUAAGCUCUUAUUAGGAUGUCUCUUAAUACAGUGCCUUAUUUUCUGCGUUUCGCGUUUGCAAGCCAAAACUGCCCCUCUAUAUGAAAAGAUUUAUGCCUGCCCAUGACAACUAGCGUUUUGUUUAUGUGACAGAGUCACUUAGGCUUAUUUCCUACUUAAAACAUGUUUGUUCUGUUUAUUCUAUUUUAUGGAAUUUUAGCGAU